UCCUUGUGCUCUCGGGGGACGCGGUGCCUGAGAACUUCUUCAUUGGCUUGUUCACAGGACAUAGCUACAGCACCAGGGCCAGGCACUUCCCAGGCAUCGAAAGCCUCUGGAACCACAAGAACUGGAUCAAUAUGCAGGAUUGCUGGGACUGCUGCAAGGACUUGAUCUUUGGCCUGGGUGACCCUGUGAGGUGGGAAUACAUGCUCCUGGGGACUGAUAAGUCUCAGCUGUCCCUGACUGAAGAAGAUGACAGUGGGAUAAACGAUGAGGAUGAUGUGGAAAAUCUGGGCAAGGAGGAUGAGGAUAAGGCUGACAUGCCCCACUCGUGGGUGGAACAGAUUGAGAUCUCCCGGAAGGUAUUUUCUAUUUACCCGCUGCCGAAUGGGAAGAAGGUGAUUCAGUACAAGACAAAGCUGGAGAAGUGGGCCCCGUGCCUCAGGCAUGGCGGGAGCUGGCCUGGCUGCAGCAAACAUCCAUCGGCCCCACAAUUCAAUAUUUUGGAGAUAAAGGAGUGGUACCAGAACCGGAAGGACAUGCUGGAGCUGAAACAUGACAAGACCACAGACCUGAAUGAAUACUUCAAACCUGGCCACCCCCAGGCUCUACUUGCCUCCUACAAGUCCAUACAACCUGAGAUGGACCGUGUCAUUGAAGUUUAUGGGGAAAUGACCCGUGUGGAUGGCUGAUAAAGCGGAGAGACAGCCAGGACAAUGACAGAGUACUAUCAAGGGCAGCCCAGACUUCCUUUCCUACCCGCCAUGCCAACUUCCGACCCGAGUCAAACCGCUCUGAGCAGUGCAGAGUCAAACCCCCGGCCCAUUGUGAAAAUCACAGAGCAGUUCUUCCGCAACCCAGCGAAGCCCGCGGAGGAAGGGAGCGUGGCAGAAGCGUCAUUCCUGCUGGCGGGGCGCAUCCAGCUGCGCUACCACUGCCGCGGCGACCACAUCACAGCCUCCAGCCGCGAGUUCCUGCGGCGCACAAGGUGGGCAACAAACAACAAGAUCAUCAUGACGCCCGACAUGUGGUUGUUGUCCCAGGUGGAGCCCAUGGAGCACAAGAAGCUGCUCUACCAGUACGGAGCCAUGAUGCACCUGAAGAGGGAGGAGAAGCUGUCCAGACAUCAGGUCUGGGAGUCAGAGCUGGAGGUGCUGGAGAGAUCUGAAGCUUGAGAGGAAGAGGAGGCGGCGCACCACGCUGACCAUCUCUCCAUCUAUGACACCAAAGCGAAUGAGAAGAGCAAGGAAUAUCGGGAGGCCAUGGAGCACAUGAUGCAUGAAGAGCACCUCGGCAGGUGGGGCCAGCUGGACUUGGCGCCAUUCCUGGCCCAGCUCCGCCGGAGAAACUAACACGCUGGCGGUCUUCCUCGGGAUGAGUGCCUCAGCGACUUCAAGCUGUGACUCAUCAACAAGGCCAACCUCAUCCAGGCCCGCUUUGAGAAGGAGACCCAGGAGCUGCAAAAGAAGCAGCAGUGGUACCAGGAGAACCAGGUGCUGACACCUGAGAGAUGA